UCAAUUCGUAGCACACAAGUCACAGAAAAGUACUCUUUUGUGUGUCACACACAGUAUUUCGCUGCUGGUGCUGCUUAAAGUGUAAAUUACUGUAAAAGUGAAUUUCUAAUUCAAAAUUUAAAAAAAAAACGAAGAAAAAUCGCAAAUAAAAGCGCGACAAGUUGCCAAUUUAUUUAUUUUUCUCGAAUAGAACGAAGUACGUAAGACGAAAUUGAUACAAGUUAAUUUUAGUUUCGAUAGGAUAGUAUUUCUUUUGUCAAAGGAAAAGUGAGAUAAUAAUGUGAUAUGGUGCGACCACAGAAGAUUUUUAUUUUUUGCACAAUAAAGAGUUUUCGCUAGCCGAAAGAAAGAAUUUUUUUGUUUCUUAUGAAACUUGUAUUGUUUGAACUGUUUAUAGAAUCAAACGCUUCGAAUGUGUGCUAUAGUUUGAGUGACAGAGUUUUUCUUUAUUCGAACAAAAGGCAAAUAGAAUGAAUCGCUAAUAGCUAAUGUUGAAUCAGCACAAAAUUUUAGUUCUAUAGUGUUUUUGACGUCGAUUACACAUAGGAAACCAAGUAACAAUUCAUUAUUGGCAUAAUUCCAAAAAAGAAUGUACGCAAACUGACAUCUCUACAGCUGAAAAAAAGCGAGAAAUGAUCGAAUGUAGAAAUUUCGAAAAUAAUGAAAAAAUGCCAUCUUUUUUGUUAGAACGAAAAGAAUCAGAGAAUGGUUGAAACUCAAACAGAUGACCAAAAUUGAUUGCAUUUACACAUAUAAAGAGUUUUUUUUGCAUCUGACAAUUCAAGAAAGCGUUUUGUCUCUGUCAUACAACAUGAUUUCGUAGUAGCUCGCUGAACGGAUGAACCUGCUUCUGUUCUUUUUCUUGAGCUAUGACACAUUUUAUUGGAAUAUAAAUCCAUAUACGUGUGUGAUGCGAAUGUGUGCGGCGCAUGAUACAGAUGUACAAUGUAUAUAUCGGUUUAUGUGUUUGCAAUUUCGUUCCUUCUCAGUUAGACAUUAUGAAUUUCCAUACAUUCGAACGUUUAUUCAGAGCUCGAUUUUCAUUCUUCUUUUAAAUAAUAUUUUUUCUUUCUUUUUUAUACUUUCAAACGAACUGAAAAUAAAAAAAACGCUCAUUUCAAUCACAAUCAAAAGUAUUCUUUUGCUUUGCAAUCAAUUCAAAUUAAUUUAAAGCCGUAAUAAAAGACCAAAAUGUCAAUUAAUAGCGAUAAAGUAAACUGUGUGAGUUAUUCUCAUUCGUCUUUAUAUUUCUCGAAGCUCAAAAGUCGAUGACUAGCGCAUAUGAUCUGGACGAUUUGUUAUAGUUUAAAAACUUUGCAUAUUAAAAAAAAACUUGUUGGGGACCCAUUUUUGUCUCCGUAUAAACGUUAAAACUGAAACCAGAACAACAACAGCAUAUCGUUUGAAAUAGACGUUGCCAUUACAUUGCAAUACGGGUGAAUCGGAUUAAGUGAAGAAGGAACUACGAAGUAUAUAUAUUAACUGCGAUAUUUAUUUGCUAUAGAGUUGAAGAGAUUUAUUUUUCGUGUAUUUGGAUUCCACUGUGAUUUGCUGUAGCAGCAGAAAUACAGGAUAAUUUGUCAUUGUACAAACACAAAACGCACAUCGUAACAAACAAUAAACUGAAAAAAAGAAACUUUCCGCGGUUUUCCAACAAACCAAAUCUUCGUUACAUAGCAAUCAAGUGAAUGUGUUAAACGCUAAUUUAAUCAUCAACAGCUUUUCCAAACACACACACACACAAGUAUUUUCCAGAAUUGUCUUUAAAACAGAGAAGAAGAGCAGUGUUCAUUGAAGAUGUCAACCCCAGCUCGUCGCCGUCUCAUGCGUGAUUUCAAAAGACUUCAAGAGGAUCCACCGACCGGUGUUUCAGGUGCGCCAACAGACAACAAUAUUAUGAUAUGGAAUGCAGUCAUAUUCGGUCCGCAUGAUACCCCAUUCGAAGAUGGCACAUUUAAAUUAACGAUAGAAUUUACGGAAGAGUAUCCAAAUAAACCGCCAACAGUACGCUUUGUGUCGAAAAUGUUCCAUCCAAAUGUCUAUGCCGAUGGCGGUAUCUGUUUGGACAUUUUGCAAAAUCGAUGGAGCCCAACGUACGAUGUGUCGGCAAUUUUGACCUCAAUACAGUCACUGCUCAGUGAUCCGAAUCCAAAUUCACCAGCCAACUCGAUGGCGGCUCAAUUGUAUAAGGAAAAUCGUCGUGAAUACGAAAAACGAGUGAAAGCUUGCGUGGAACAAAGUUUUAUAGAUUAGCCCGUCGCCCGUAUCAGUAGAAGCAAACAUCGCAGCGAUCUAUUGAAUAAUAAUAAUAAUGAAAAACUAUUUGAAUCAACAAUGGAACAUACAAACAAAAAACAUUUAACAUGGAGAUCUUUAGUAAUAAUUAUAAAUGAAAUAAUAAUUUUAAUUACAACACAAAUCAUAUUGAUACAAAUGAUUGAAAUUCAAAAUAAAAAAAUUGAAAAGAUUGAAGAACCGAA